AUGGAUAAUUCAACGCCUUCGAUUGCUAAAGAAGCUGUCUUAGUUACAAGCGAAGCAAUGCCAUCUGAUGCGGAAGCAGUCAAAGGGUAUGAUUUUAACAAUGGAAUUAAUCAUCAUUCGCUACUACAGUCCUUUCGUCAAACUGGCUUUCAAGCCACCAAUUUUGGCCUUGCUAUUCAAGAAGUCAAUCGAAUGCUUGAACUGAAGGCAAAACCUGUUUCAGAAAAAGACAAAAAUCAGCUUACUCUUGACGCAGCCGGUUCUCGUCCGCUGUCUAAUUGUUCAAUCUUUCUCGGUUAUACUUCCAAUUUGAUUUCUUCUGGAGUCAGAGAAUCGAUCAGAUACGUUGUCGAACAUAAUCUGGUAGACUGCAUUGUUACCACUGCCGGUGGUAUCGAGGAAGAUUUUAUAAAGUGCUUAGCAGAUACGUAUAUCGGAGACUUUAGGUUACCGGGACGUCAGCUACGAGACAAAGGAAUCAACAGAAUCGGCAAUUUAUUGGCUCCAAAUGAUAACUAUUGCAAAUUUGAAACAUGGAUCAUGCCAAUAUUGGAUCAACUUGUUGAGGAGCAAAACACUCAUAAUAUCAAUUGGACUCCUUCUAAAAUUAUAGCAAGAUUAGGAAAAGAAAUCAACAACUGUAAUUCUGUUUAUUACUGGGCCUAUAAGAAUAAUAUUCCAGUAUUUUCUCCAGCUCUAACGGACGGUUCGAUUGGUGAUAUGAUUUACUUUCAUUCGUAUCGAAAUCCAGGUUUACGAAUUGACAUAGUAGAAGAUAUACGUAGAAUGAAUAGUCAGGCGGUAUUUGCGCUAAAUACGGGAAUGCUGAUACUUGGCGGUGGACUCGUAAAGCACCAUAUUUGUAACGCAAACUUAAUGCGAAAUGGAGCGGAUUUCUCUGUUUUUGUGAACACCGCUAAUGAAUUUGACGGGAGCGAUUCUGGAGCUCGACCAGAUGAAGCAAUUUCUUGGGGAAAGAUUAAAAAGACCGCCAACCCGGUGAAGGUUUAUGGGGAAGCUUCUAUUCUAUUUCCUCUGAUGGUUGCAGAAACGUUUGCACCGGUUGUCGAAAAAAUGAAGACUGCCGAUCAUGAUAAUAAACGCGUAUAA